AUGGCUUCACCCGCAGCCACGUGCGUCCUGGCCUGGGCCCUGGCACUGCUCUGCGUGGGGACCCAGGGGGCCCCCUGGCACCCAUCGCCCCCUUUUCUGAUCUCUGCCCCUUGUUCAUGGCCAGGCGCGGACUCUGCCCCCUGCAUCUUCCCCUUCACCUACAAGGGCAAGGUCUACACGGAAUGCACGACCGCGGACAGCAAGCGGCCCUGGUGCGCCACCACCGCCAACUACGACCAGGACAAGGCCUACAAGUUCUGCUCCGAGGAGGGCGGCCAGCCCUGCUUCUUCCCCUUCGUGUACAAGGGCUGCACCUUCCAUUCCUGCAUCAAGUUGCAGACUCGCCUACUCUGGUGCGCCACCACGGCAAACUACGACAGAGAUCAGCGCUGGAGCUACUGUCCUGACACAAUGCUUGGUGGAAACUCGGAGGAACCCUGUAUAUUCCCAUUCAGCUACAAAGGCAGAUGGUACACAGCUUGUACCAUGGUUGACAGCAAGCGGCCCUGGUGUGCCACCACAAGCCACUACGAAGCGAGCCGUAAAUGGAAGUACUGCGGCACGGCAGGGCAAGACCUACCACAGCUGUACGGCAGUCGAUGA